AUGUCUCUUGUGUAUGACUGUGUCUUAGGCGCGGCCCUGCAGUGCCUGAAAUACGACUUCACCGCAUUCGAUGCCCCCCGUCAGCUCACCCCGGUCCCCUGCCAGGCCGGGCAGCUCUGUGCCACCAUCCGGGGCCACGCAGCUGGCCACAAGACGAUUGUGCGGAAGAGCUGUGUGGACCAGGUGAAAUGCAGCACCCAGGACACGGCGACCUGGCCCAGAGUCACCUACACCACCUCCUACACCUGCUGCCAGGGCGACUUCUGCAAUCAGGCCAGGGCCCCGGAGCACCCCCGGAGCCGGUGCCUCUGACUGUCCCCCCUUUCUGGAGCUGGCUUUGUCUUGCAUGCCCCCAAAUCUCCCGUAAAAACAACUUGCUGACAUCAAUAUACAGAAGUGUCCCAGCCCCGCUUGGA